AUGCAGCCUGCGUCAGAAGAGGAUGCGAAGACUCACGCAGUGGGCAUUGAUCUGGGUACCACGUACUCCUGUGUUGGAGUCUACAAAGAUGGAGAGGUGCAGAUCAUUGCGAAUGACCAGGGCAACCGCACCACACCGUCUUAUGUCGCGUGGACAGAACAGGAGCGGCUCUUGGGAGAUGCAGCCAAGAACCAGGUGGCCAGCAAUCCGACCAACACUGUCUUCGAUGCCAAGCGUUUGAUCGGAAGGCGCUUCGAUGAUCCGAUCGUGCAGGCCGACCUAAAGCUCUGGCCUUUCAGAGUGGUCUCCGACGGCACGAAGGACGACAAGCCGUUGAUAGAAGUGCUUUACCAGAAUGUCGUGAAGAAGUAUCAUCCAGAAGAGAUUAGCUCUAUGAUCCUCACGAAAAUGAAGACGACGGCUGAGGUCAAGGAUGCUGUGAUCACAGUCCCAGCGUACUUCAAUGACGCCCAGCGCCAAGCAACGAAGGACGCAG